CAGAGAACAUUAGCGUUGGUUCAGACGGCGACUCACUCUCCAAACGCCCGGAUGAGAGCAGCAGGCGUCAUUCAGCACAACAUGGUCGCAUGAGAGUCGGCCGAGCCGAGGGCAACAUAUUUCGCGGGGACGAGCGCAGACAGACACUGCUGGAAUCUGUGACAUUUUCGACGCAACCCACGGAGUGCGGUUCUGGGAAAAUACCCAGGCAGUGAUACAGGCGUGGAGGCGAGGAGGAACAGCACAUUUUCUCCCCCUCGUGGUGUCCAAUUUCGUUGGUGAAGGAACGUGCAGACAGCCUGUCUCACACUAAGCUAUGGAAUGCUCCCUGCUCCCACCAUCACUAGUCUCCAAUCUUUGGACUGAGCUCCAAACACUUAGUUAGCAGCUGUGCUUCUCCCCUCGAACUCUUUACAACCAGGGGACGAAGAAAAGGAGUGGACUUACCAAGUCCUCCAAUAAAACGCACAGAGCACUUCAUUAUUAUUUUUUUUUUUAGAAAUAUUUAAACUUUUUUUCUCUAUUUGGAUUUUGUGUGGCGAAAUAGUAUCAAGAUGGAUUUGGAAUCAUAUCUGUGGAUGGUGAUCCUUGGCUUCAUCAUUGCCUUCAUCCUGGCCUUUUCCGUGGGCGCCAAUGAUGUGGCCAAUUCAUUCGGCACAGCAGUGGGGUCCGGCGUGGUCACACUGAGGCAGGCCUGUAUCCUGGCGUCCAUCUUUGAGACACUGGGCUCCAUGCUACUCGGAGCCAAAGUGGGUGAGACAAUUCGGAAGGGCAUCAUAGACGUCAGCCUGUACAACGACACGGUGCCCGUGCUCAUGGCGGGGGAGGUCAGCGCCAUGGUUGGGUCAGCUGUCUGGCAGCUAAUAGCCUCCUUCCUCAAACUGCCAAUCUCUGGGACUCACUGCAUUGUUGGCGCCACCAUCGGUUUCUCCAUGGUGGCCAUCGGCACCAAGGGCGUACAGUGGAUGCAGCUUGUAAAGAUUGUGGCUUCGUGGUUCAUCUCCCCUCUGCUCUCUGGACUCAUGUCUGGACUCCUCUUCCUGCUCAUCAGACACUUCAUCCUCAGCAAGGAUGACUCUGUCCCUAAUGGCCUGCGAGCGCUGCCCCUCUUCUAUGCCUCCACCAUUGGGAUCAACACGUUUUCCAUCAUGUACACUGGAGCCCCAUUGCUCGGGAUAGAGAUGCUACCAGUGUGGGCCAUCUUUCUCAUAACUUUAGCCGGGUCACUGGUCUGUGCAGCUCUGGUCUGGUUAGUCGUGUGUCCUUGGAUGAGGAGGAAAAUAGCAAGUCGUCUAAAGAAGGAGCAGGCUUUGUCUCGGAUCUCUGACGAGAGCCUGGACAAGAUACCUGAAGAGGAGGAGGAAAGUCCCGUCUUUAAGGAGCUUCCAGGAGCCAAGGGAACAGAUGAGGCCGUGUUGCCGCUCACCGGGGGCGGCGGAACCCGUCAGUCCAGUGGAGAGCUCAACAACCUGGCUAAUGGAAGCUCCAUCCUGCCAAACGGCCGGGUUUACGGUCGGACUCACUCAAUGACCAACGGUUGCCUCAAGUCACCCGUCUCAAAUGGCAGUUUCAGCUUCGACGGCCCCAUGCGCAGUGAUGGCCAGGUCUACCACACAGUACAUAAGGACUCGGGUCUCUAUAAAGACCUGCUUCACAAAAUACACCUGGGCCGCAUGGAUGAGAGCGACCGCACGGGUUCCAGCUCCGGCCCCGGCGACAACAACUACCGCCUGCUGCGCCGCAACAACAGCUACACCUGCUACACGGCAGCGAUAUGCGGUAUGCCGGUGCAGCCGCUCCUGCGCACGGAGUCACGCGACGACAGUGAGAAGCUGGUGGGCGAGGGAGGUGGCAGGAGCAACAGCGUGUCCUACUCCAAGAAGAGAAUACGCUAUGAUAGCUACUCAUCAUACUGUAAUGCUGUCGCCGAGGCGGAAAUUGAGGCAGAGGAGGGAGGGGUGGAGAUGAAGCUGGCCACAGAGCUGGAGGGGGUGGAGGAAGAAGGGGCUCCGGCUCCAGAGCCCAUGGAUGACCUGGGAGAGGAGGAGCAGGAGGAGAAAGACAAGCCGGAGGUGUUCCAGCUAUUCCACUUCCUGCAGAUCCUCACUGCCUGCUUUGGGUCCUUUGCUCAUGGAGGCAACGAUGUCAGUAACGCUAUCGGGCCUCUGGUGGCGCUGUGGAUGAUCUACGAACAGGGCGGCGUGAUGCAGGAUGCGACCACUCCCAUCUGGCUGCUGUUUUACGGCGGCGUGGGCAUCUGCAUUGGCCUGUGGGUGUGGGGUCGCCGUGUCAUUCAGACCAUGGGGAAGGACCUGACUCCCAUCACUCCUUCAAGUGGAUUCACUAUUGAACUGGCUUCUGCACUCACAGUCGUGUUGGCUUCCAAUAUCGGAAUCCCUGUCAGUACCACACACUGCAAGGUGGGCUCGGUCGUGGCCGUGGGCUGGAUCCGCUCCAAGAAAGCGGUGGACUGGCGCCUCUUCCGGAACAUCUUCCUGGCGUGGUUCGUCACGGUGCCUGUGGCCGGCCUGUUCAGCGCUGCCGUCAUGGCCCUGUUUGUAUAUGGAAUCCUGCCCUACGUCUGAGGACGUGUGGCUGGGAGGCAGAACACGGGAGGAAAGGAAGGAAGUCAGUCAGUCAGUCAGUCAGAGAGAGAGAGAAAGAGAGAGAGAGAGAGAGAGAGGGAGAGAGGGAGGCUUGAGUAAAAAUCGUAGCUGGUGCAGAUGAGAAGGAAAUGAGGAAACUAAAAUAAGUGAGAGUGAUGGUGAAGAGAGGCAGGGAGCUGCAGAGGUUUGAGGUGGACUUGGUUGUACUGUGGGUGUGAGGAGGGUUGGUUAACACGCUUCCUGGCUCUAUAUAGUCCAGAGAUCUUUUUUUUCCCUCACUCGUUUGAGUUUCACUUAUCCAAUUCUAUUCAUUCUCCUUCUUGGAUGUGCAACCAUCCUGUUCACUGGACCAUUCAACCUGCUGUACAUAAGGCAAAUAUACCUAGAUUUCCAGCAACGGUUUAACAAAGAGUUGUUGGAGGAACAGUGGCAGCCAUUCCCCCCCCCCAUUUCUUCUUCUUAUAAUAGAUCAAUCAUGAGAAAUCCAGAUUGCACGCGACGACAAACGAUCAAAACCAAGUGACAAACAUUAGCAUAGUCGGUCCAGUGCUUAUAAUUAUUCCAAAACAAAACAACUGUACAUAUCGUCGUAUUUGACUGCGUGUGAUUUGUUGUAUUGCAGCUUGCUUUAAAAAAAAAAACAACAAAAAGAAAAAGGAAAAAAAAGUGUGGUCAACCAACCCAUCCAACAUCUCACUUUUCAAAUGCUCACUAGGUACAACUGGGGCCAAAUAACAAGAAACAAUGCCUCAGAAGGGGUGGUGGCACUGUCGGUCCACUUAGUUAUUUUCCACGUUACCGUAGCAACCUGAUUUGCUCGAGAUUCUUUUUUUUUUCUUUUUUUUUUCCUUGUCAGAAGCUCCCCUGUUUUUAGAGAUGGAUCUCAUAUUUUUAAUGAUGUAUUAUACUGUAAUUUGUACUGUAAAUACUGUCCUGAAGAGUUUGGGGGUGGAAUAGGGGAUCAUGGAUUGUAUUUAAUGUUGUGUUUGGGGGGGUGCGUUAACUUGUCAUGAUGUCAUAUUAAUAUGGUCUAUCCCGCACACACUAACACACACUUGACGGGCUGUUAUAUCAGCAGUUGGCAGAUGUAUAGUGAAUGGAAAAAGUAUUUAAAACAAUAACUGGAGAUAACUUUUUCUUUUUCAUUUUUUUUUCCUCCCCAAUUCAAGUAAAUUGAACAGUGUUGACGGGAAGUUUCCCGCGCCACGGAGUCGCUCUUUUGAGAGCCGCGCCAUGCCAAAGUAAGCCGUGACGUUGCCAUGCCAACCUGCCAAUUUCAAGUAACGAUAUCAAGGUGCAGCAGAAGCCAAAAUAAUAAUACAAAAAAAACCAUUAAAUGCCAGAAUGUUCACAUAUCUGCGUCUGUAUAAGAGUAAUUUCCUCAUACUGAGGGCUCCCCGUCACUGAUGGACCUCCAAAAGUGUCGUAUCAAAAACACUACACAAUACGUUUGUAUUAUAAACUCAGCCAGUUAUGCAGAAGUGAUGGAUGAACCAGGGGAUUCGACCCCAGCCACACUUGUAGCUCCUCAAACAACGGGCUGGAAGCAACGGUUAGUCGUGACGUCUUAGGUUCAAGUGAACUCGUCGUUUUUGUUCAGGCUGCUCACGUCACAAGAAUAUCACACAACUUCUGAGUUAGGAUCAUUAUGUUUGAAUAAGUUGGUAUUUCGGUGGGGGCGGGAUUGUACUGAUCAUCACCAGCUUUUUAACAGGGUCACCUGACCUGUAAAUGAACAAAAUGAAGCUUUUUUUUUUAUUGUUGUUGUUAUUAUUUGAACAAACACAAAUGUUCUCUUUUUUUGUUCUUGUGGUGCGUUUCCUAAUUUCACUUUUUCUUGUUUUUUUUUUCGUCUCAUGAACGAAUCUAUGCUUAAGUAACCACUUGCCUUGUAACAUUGUGUUCUAUUUUUGUGCAGUUACGGUGAAUAAUAAUUGAAUACUGUGGUGUUUACAUCGUAACCAUAUUGUAGUGUCUGAAAAAAAAAAAAAACAACUGUUGCCUAAUGAUGCCAAUGAAAGAUAAAACUAUUAACCAUGAAUUUUCAAGUGCAAAAAAAAACAACAAACAGAAAGAGCAAGUGUGCACACAGUGACCUGUUAUUGUUUUUUUGUAGUAGUACGAAUCAUGAUCCCCGUCACUUUACACUGCUACUACGUACAUGUAUGGGUGCAAUUCAGUAAUGAAGAGAAUAACUAGAGAAAUUUCAUCAAGACUAUAUAUAUUUUUCUACCAUAUCUGAGUUUUAACCUGGAUGAGCUUCCAGACACUUUGGAGGACAUGCUGAGGUUUGAUGGUGAGCCGGUGAAUGGUGAACCUCGCCGGUGCCCGGUGUGUCCUCAGUAACAUGUAGAUUGAAGUGUCGGGUGGCGAGUAGAUCAGAUUUUGAAAAUUUUACCAUUUUUAUUUUUCAAAUUUUCGAUGAAAAACACUUUGUAAUUUUGUUUCCCUACACUGCUUUGAUCAUGGGCCGUGAGAGCAGGACUCGCGUCUCGCUAAAACCAGGACCGCUGGAAGCGAAAUCUUUGUAGUGGACAAAGUCGAUAUUAAAACUGUGUGGACUGUGUGGACAUUUGUGUCCUUGUUUUGGCAGAUUUUGAUGACUCUUGAUGCUCAUAUCCUUUGACUCUGUUGGCUGUGUGUUACACGAGGGGCGACACAGAGCAGGCGCGCUCAAAUUCUUACAGGAAGACGCUUUAUACGUCGAUGAUUGAGAAAUGGCUAAACUUAACGGCUCAUAAUUCCCCCCAGAUGUCAUUAUGACACUUAAUAUAACUGCUAAUAUCUAAUUGACCCUCAGGAGCCACUGUAGCAACGAGGGCUGGGUAUCAAUUCCUCUUCAGCACGAGUAGAAACCCCGUGUUCGGGGUUAAAUCAAAGUCAAUUUUAACCCCGACAGACGCAUCUUUCAGUCGAGGCUCGGUGCAGUUUGUGUCUUCAGUGAGUAUAAAGUUUGUGCAUCAUCGCCUUGUUCUGUGAGCCCUUUUUGUAACUCUGUCAUUUUUUUUUUUAUUUGUUUUUUUGUUCUGCCAUGUUUUCUAAGUCCUGAGAGGCCAAAGGGGGACGCACUGCUCAAGAUGGGGAAGGGAAAGUGAACAUCGCCCUCUAGCGGCAGCGGCAGUUCUUUAAUAUUGUCAUUUAAAUACAUUUAGGGGUCACAUCUCUUUUCUCCAUAUGGACGGAAGAAGAGUGUGAAGAGCAGUGUCAAAAAACCCAAAUAUGAAAAAUGUGCAAUUAUAUGAAAUUGAAUUACAAUAUGUUAAGCUUUAUCUUAAAAACAAAAAGAAAAAGAGUGCAUUUUCAGAGACGGUGUUUUAGGAGUCGACUCUUAUUAUCUAUAAUAGAUAACGCAACUAAAGUAAAAUUCCUCUAUGCAUUUUUAAUUCAUGUAUCGAGAAGAAAGGCAGCCUGAAAUUGCAACGACUUAUAUGAAAUGUACGUAUGAACGCAGCCACUAGAUGGCGCAGUCUGCCACUUUCCCUCCCUGUAGAGCGAGGACAGCAUUUUUAGACCAGUCAGCUUCAACUAAUGUGUUUAAAUCAAUGGGCGGUGUGAGGGAGUUUCUACACUUCUUCUUCUUCUCUUCCUCCUUCUUCCACAUCAUCAUCAAAACUACUGCGUAACCAUUAUGUCAAGAAAAUCCAGACAAAGCCAUUUGUUUUCUCCCUGAAUGAGCAACACAAGCUGGGUUUUACCUGAAGGUGCAACUACAUUGCUCUUUAGUCUGUGGUCAUGUAGCUCCACCUGCCCCCCGUGUAAUAGCGCCCUCUCCUGGCAGAGGUGCGGGAGGGUGGUGGGGGGUGGUGGGGGUGGCAUCAGUUCACAUCAGUUCACACCUUCAUCUGGAUGUGUGGCGUGCUGUUUUCUGGUCUGUUUUCUAAUAGACUGUGCUCCUUGGCUGGCCCUGCAGGUUUUACAGCUCUGUGUUGUCUUUUUACUGUUUACUGCUGUUCAGCUGUCCAGUCCUUCAAAAAGAAAAAAAAAAGAAAAAACCAUGAUAGAUGAAUUAAAGAGUAAUAAUACUAAAUAAAUGAAUGAAUAAAAAAAUCAUUAGGAACUGUAGCCUGCUUCUACAAAAAAAAAAUCUUUAACGCUCUUCUGAUUUGCAUAUAUCGUACUGUAAUGUUUUAUUUAAGAUUUUAGUGAAACAAAUGUCUGCAUUUAAACUAAAUUAUGGGAAUUAAAAUUACAAAGACUCCA